AUGGUGUUUGUUUUAUAAUUGAGUGACAGGUUCAGGGAAUUACUAUGUAGUUAGAUAUUUGCAAGUUUCUUUGCAAAGGAGAGAGCUUAAUUCUUAUGCUUAGAAUCCAUUGGGUAAUUCAUUUUUGAUCCACAUGAUUGUACGUCUGGCUGAUAUAUCUAUACAUUUUUUAUUUUUUUUAUCUUUUUCAUGUUCUCCAGGUUCCUGGCCAACCUUUCACGUACAAGUUCGACAGGCUACCUUACAAAUAUGAGCCAAGAGUCUCAAAGUCAAGUGAUCAAGAAAGCAAAACGAGUUCAUCCAACAGAGAACAAGAGAAAAUUUCAUCUGAUAAGUCUACAUUACAUAAAGCUGGACAAUCCUCACUCUCGUCUUCAUCUGAGCAGUCAACACUUUCUCCUGCCGAAACCCCCCGGGGGAGAUGUACAUCCCCCUGUCUGGUAGCCAUACUUGCAGAGUCAGCACAAGCGAGCCGAGAGACAGUUGAAUAUUGUUCUCCUCAAGAAAGCAAUAUUUCAAGCUUCGGUAGAAAAAAGAUUGAAAGCUACCGUCCCCAAAGUUGUCCAAAGCGAAAUCAAAUGAAUUCAACCAAGUCUACUCCGGUGCCAGUAAUAAAACGAGUUGCCUCAUACAAUCGUUAA